CACGGCGGGUGCAGGGCGCUGGGAGGUGGUGAAGAAGGGCCGGCGGCCGGGGGCCGGCGGCGGCGGCGGCGGACGAGGCGGCGGAGCGGACCGCCGGACCCUCGGGGAGGCGAACGGCGUGUGGAAAUAUGACCUGACCCGCGCGAGCCGUCCUGCCGAUCGGCGCCUCGGGUUCAGCGAGCGCGACCCUUGCCUUGCCUCUUGAGCCUCACACAUCACAUGGCAGCCAGCGUGAGGGAGGUUGCUGCCCUGGCCUCGCAGAUGCGCACACUGAGGCCCAGUGGAGUGAUAUGCCCAGUGUCACCUGUCAGAGGGACAGGGAUUCGGGUCUGCACGCCGGGCUCCCCGCACACACCCGAGCAGCUGUUGCCGGCCCAGCCUGGCUUCUCCUGGCGGGUGUCCGAGAGCGGGGAGGAGGCAUGCUCGCUCAUGAUAUAAGCUCCCAUCCAGACGACCAGCACCCUUUAUGAGCGGGGCUUUGAGAAAAUCAUGAAGAAGCAGAAUAAGGAGCAGGUUCCACCCCCCGCUGUGGAGCCUAAGAAACCCUCCAACAAAAAGCAGACUAAGAAGGUGGCGACCCUCACCAACCAGAACCAGAAGCAGGGCCGCUUCCGCAGCCUGGAGGAGGCACUGAGAGCUCUGGACGUGGCAGCUCUGCAGAAGGAACUGGACAAGAGCCAGAGCGUGUUCUCUGGGAACCCGUCCGUGUGGCUGAAGGACCUGGCCAGCUAUCUGAACUACAAGCUCCAAGCCCCUCUCAGUGAGCCCACACUAAGCCAGCACACUCACGAUUACCCCUAUAGCCUGGUGAGCCGCGAGCUGCGUGGGAUCAUCCGAGGGCUGCUGGCCAAGGCGGCGGGGUCCCUGGAGCUCUUUUUUGACCACUGUCUGUUCACCAUGCUGCAAGAGCUGGACAAGACACCAGGGGAGUCGCUCCAUGGCUACCGUAUCUGUAUCCAGGCCAUUCUGCAAGACAAGCCCAAGAUCGCCACCACGAACCUGGGCAAGUUCUUGGAACUGCUGAGGUCCCACCAGAAUCGACCAGCAAAGUGUCUGACCAUCAUGUGGGCCCUGGGCCAAGCAGGUUUUGCCAACCUCACCGAGGGACUGAAAGUGUGGCUGGGGAUCAUGCUGCCUGUGCUGGGCAUUAAAUCCUUGUCCCCCUUCGCCAUCGCAUACCUGGAUAGGCUGCUGCUGAUGCACCCCAACCUCACCAAGGGCUUUGGCAUGAUUGGCCCCAAGGACCUCUUCCCACUUUUGGACUUUGCCUAUAUGCCCAACAACUCCCUGACACCCAGCCUGCAGGAGCAGCUGUGUCAGAUCUACCCCCGAUUGAAGGUGCUGGCAUUUGGGGCCAAGCCGGAAGCCACCCUGCAUACCUACUUCCCCUCCUUCCUGUCCAGAGCCACCCCUGACUGCCCUCCUAAGAUGAGGAAAGAGCUCCUGAGCAGCCUGACCGAAUGCCUGACCGUGGACCCCCUCAGUGCCAGUGUCUGGAGGCAGCUAUACCCCAAGCACCUGUCACAAUCCAGCCUGCUGCUGGAGCAUUUGCUCAGGUCCUGGGAGCGGAUUCCCAAGAAGGCACAGAAGUCUUUGCAAGAAACCAUUGAAUCCUUCAAGCUUACCAACCAGGAGCUGCUAAGGAAAGGCAGCUGUAAUAACCAGGAUGUUGUCACCUGUGACAAAGCCUGCAAGGGGCUGUUGCAGCAGGCUCGGGGGUUCCGGCUGCCCUGGACACGGCUACUCCUGUUGGUGCUGAUCUUUGCCAUAGGUGUCCUGUGCCACGACUUCCGGUCACACAGCUCCUUCCAGGACUCCCUUUCUGGCCGGUUGCUUCAAUCAUCUGGCUUCUUGCCUGCUGGCCAAAAAGCAUGUGCCAAGAUCUACUCCUACAGCCUGCAAGGCUACAGCUGGCUAGAGGAGACGCUGCCGGCCUGGGGCGCUCACCUGCUGACUGUGGUGGGGCCCAGCUUGCAGCUCGCCUGGACCCAGGUUAAUGCCACAGUCAGCUUCCUUUCUGCCCACUGUGCCUCCCACCUUGUCUGUUUCGGUGACAGCCUCGCCAGCCUCUCCCAGAGGCUCCCUGAUGUCCUGAACCAGCUGCUCCAUUCUCUGAGGGAGCUGCUCCUGCUGCUAUACCACAGCGUGCUGUUGCCAGUGUGGCACCUGCUGCUUGAGGCCCUGGCCCAGGCCCAGCAGCACUGCCACCAGGUGUGCAGAGGUCCGGUGACCUGGGACUGCGUGAAGACACAGCUCAGUGAGGCUGCCCACUGGAUCUGGCUCUGCCUACAGGACAUCACAGUGGCUUUCUUGGACUGGGCGCUUGCUAUGAUAUCCCAGCAAUAGGCCCUGCCUCCUUGGCCACUAGUCUCUGUCUGAGAUGGGCCACCUGAGACUGCUGGAGGCAGUUCUGCAUGGGGUCUUUUUUACUUGGUGCCUGAGUUCUGUACUCUAGGCCAGUUGUCUCUUCCCCAAUUUUUGGUGAUGACUGAGCCCAGGGGUAUCUCAGCCUCCUCCACGAUUCCACUGAACACUUCUCUGGCCCUAUCGCACAUAGCUCCCAGCAUCUGCCCUGGGCUGGUAGCCUCUCUAGCCUCCUCUCUCAUCUCCUGCCUUCCAUCUCACUCCUGAAGCCCCAAACACCUCAUCCCCAAAGGUGGGUCUCCAGUGAGUGGCUUCUGCAUUCUUCGAUGAAUGAUUUCUGUUCCCAUACUUCAACCACAGCAGGAAAAGGAAAGGGACUUCCAGAAGACUAUGGCACCACCGUGGGGAAGAGCAGCUGUACUUCUACCCACAGCCUGCACCUCCAAAUGCCCAGCGUAGGUCCUUCCAGGCCCCUCUCUGCCCUCUCCAUCGCGAUCCUUUCUCCUCACCAUUCCCCUUCAGCGCUGGGGAUGUGGAGGGCCUCCACCUCCAAGUCCAGCUUCUCGCUGUCGCCUGCCCCUCCAUCUGUCGGGGGAGCAGAGUCCAGUUAGUUGUGUGCCUCGGCACGGGGAACCUUCCAGCAGCCGGUUGAGACAGGCUUCAGUAUAUGGCUCCUGGAUAUGCCUACAGGUGGAAUAAAGGACACAGCUUUGAUUUCUA